AUGUCGUCGUUCUACACUGCGGCGGCGUGGCACCAGGGGAAGUCUGGGCCGCCGCCAAUCUUCGCGUCGAUCGGCGUGCGGCACCAGCGCUGCGUCGAGCUGGACGCGGAGCUGCGAGCGCAGGAGACGCUGCACGGUCUGCUUGCCAUCGCGGAGGCGGAGCUGCCGCGGUUCGACGCCGGCAACGUCGUCGUCGCGGUCGCACAGGUCCCCAAG